UUCCAUCAACCAAAGCCUAUCCAUAAUCACCUUCAUCCUCAACACUCGCAAAUUCAGCCCAUCCAUCCAUCCAUCUUCCUAGCUUCUCUCAUCUGCUCUAACUCGCAACCUAGCAUGGCGAGUUUUGAUGAAGUGUCUACUCUCGAGCAUAUCAGAAAUUACCUUCUUGGAGAGUACUCUCCAAGGGAGUUCAAUUUUGAUAGUAGGUUGAGCCAUAGCUGCAGCAGCAGCAGUGGGAGCAGCUGCUCAGCAGUUGAAGUUUCGAGCUCGCAAUCGGAAUUUCUCAUGGAUUCAUUGAGUUUCCAGGAGAAUUUUUUUGAUUUCAAAGCAGUUAACCAUACGCAAAAUCAGAGCAAUAUAGUCGUUCGGGAAUCACAAUCCUCGUUUUCUAGCUCCUGCUCCUCAUCAAUCAAUGAUAACAAAUUCUCCAACUCGGAAUCACACCCCCAAAUUAUUGACCUAACUCCACCAACAACACAAGCCCCAUCAUGUAAAGAGAGAAAGCCUUCAUUGAAGAUUGAUUUAUCCCCAGCGGUGAACAAAAUUGAAUGGAUCGAGUUUAGCAGCUCGAUGACGGUGCAACCGCCGGUGCACGCGGAGGAGGAGGAGGAGAAAAGGCGGUACAGAGGAGUCCGACAGCGACCGUGGGGGAAGUACGCGGCGGAGAUCCGAGACCCGAAACGCCGCGGGUGUAGGGUUUGGCUGGGGACGUUCGACACCGCAAUCGAAGCGGCUAAAGCCUACGAUCGAGCGGCUUUCAGAAUGCGGGGGAGCAAAUCGAUUCUCAACUUUCCAUUACUAGUUUCCAAGUACAAACUUGAACAGGCACAGGCACACGCCGCCGAAGACGGUGGCCGGAAGCGCCGGAGGGAAGAGACGACCUCGACAGCUGUAAUGAAGAAAGAGAAAUCGGAGGAACGGCCUUUAACGCCGUCAAGCUGGAAUACCAUCUCGGAUUGGGAUCAGAGUGUUAACGGAAUGUUUAACCUGCCGCCCUUAUCGCCGUUAUCUCCUCACCCUGCUUUGGGUUAUCCCCAACUCGCCGUAAUCUAGCGUUGUACAAAUUUUGUAUUUUAACAACUUUUAAGAAUUACGGAGUACAAAAUAAGACAAAAAUUCCCAAAA